AGCUACCAACGCAUCACACGCGCGCAAAUGACAAAGAAGAAGAAGCGAGGGGCAUGGAAAAUCCAGGUCAAACGGGGUAGGCGCCGCUGCAUAUAUUAUCGGUUCUCUUCUGCCAUCCGGUCUUGGACUGCCGAGUUUCUUAUUCCAGCGAUAAAGCAAGAAAGCUCCAUCCACGAACCAGUUUCGACAGCCCCGGCCAAGCACGCGCCGAGCUACCGAAAGCCAUGGAUCCCGCCGCCGGCGAGAAGCCGCACGCCGUGUGCCUGCCGUUCCCGGCGCAGGGACACAUCACGCCGAUGAUGAAGCUGGCCAAGGUCCUCCACCGCAAGGGCUUCCACGUCACCUUCGUCAGCACCGAGUACAACCACCGCCGCCUCGUCCGCUCCCGCGGCCCGAGCGCCGCCGCCGCGGGCUUCGCCUUCGCCACCAUCCCGGACGGCCUGCCCUCGUCGGACGCCGACGCCACGCAGGACCCGGCGUCGCUCUCCUACUCCACCAUGACCACCUGCCUCCCCCACUUCAAGAACCUGCUCGCUGGCCUCAACGGCGGCACGCCCGGGGCGCCGCCGGUCACGUGCGUCGUGGCGGACGGCCUCAUGAGCUUCGCCGUCGACGCCGCGAGGGAGCUGGGCGUGCCGUGCGCGCUGUUCUGGACGGCCAGCGCCUGCGGCUACAUGGGCUACCGCAACUUCCGCCCUCUCAUCGACCGGGGCAUCAUUCCCCUCAAAGACGAAGAGCAGCUGACGAACGGGUUCAUGGACAUGGCGGUGGACUGGGCGCCGGGGAUGAGCAAGCACAUGCGGCUGAAGGACUUCCCGACCUUCCUCCGCACGACGGACCGCCACGACACCCUGCUGACCUUCCAGCUACACCAGGUGGAGCGCGCCGAGGCGGCCGACGCCGUCAUCAUCAACACCAUGGACGAGCUCGAGCAGCCGGCGCUCGACGCCAUGCGCGCCAUCACACCGACCAUCUACACCAUCGGCCCGCUCAACUCCCUCGCCGACCAACUCAUCCCCCUCGAGGACCCCCUACGCGCGGUGAGCUCCAGCCUCUGGAAGGAGGACCAAACCUGCCUGCGGUGGCUCGACGGCAAGAGGCGCCGAUCUGUUGUGUACGUGAACUUCGGGAGCGUGACCGUGAUGAGCAGCCACGACCUGGCGGAGUUCGCGUGGGGGCUGGCCAACAGCGGCCAGGAGUUCCUCUGGAUCGUCAGGCCGGACGUCGUGAAGAGCAGCGAGCUCGCCGGCGCCGCGCUGCCCCCCGGGUUCCUGGAGGCGACCAGGGGCAGGGGGCUCGUGGCGAGCUGGUGCGACCAGGAGGCGGUGCUGCGGCACGACGCCGUGUGCGUGUUCCUGACGCACAGCGGGUGGAACUCGACGGUGGAGGCCCUCUGCGGCGGCGUGCCGAUGCUGUGCUGGCCCUUCUUCGCGGAGCAGCAGACCAACUGCCGGUACAAGUGCGUCGAGUGGGGGGUGGCGAUGGAGAUCGGCGACGACGUGCGGCGGGAGGCGGUCGAGGGGAGGAUCAAGGAGGCGGUGGCCGGCGACAAGGGCAGGGAGAUGAGGGAGAGAGCGGACGAGUGGAGGGAGGCGGCUGUCCGCUCCACGGCGAGAUCGUUGACCAAUCUUGAUUCGCUCAUCCAUGGCGUGUUGCUAUCUGGCAAGAAUAGUUAGAGCAUCUCAACGGCCGCGCUUCGCGCCACAUCCAAAAAAUGUGUUUGCCGCG